AUGGCAUUCAGGAGAAAGGCAGGUGCGUGGCUGGCGGGGCCCUGCCUGUCCCUGAGAGGGCCACGGACACUGGGCACCAGAGCCGCUCUGGCCCCCAAGGCAGUGCUGCCCUUCGAAGCCAUACCCCAGAGUCGCUCCAACACCUGGAUGAAGACACUGCAGAUCUGGAAGGACCAGGGCUAUGAGAACCUCCACCUGGACAUGCAGCAGAACUUCCAGGAGCUGGGGCCAAUUUUCAGGUAUGACAUAGGAGGGACACCAAGGGUGUCUGUGAUGCUGCCAGAGGACGUGGAGAGGCUGCAGCAGGUGGAGACUCUGCACCCACGCCGGAUGUGCCUGGAUCCCUGGCUGGCCUACAGGCAUCACCGUGGGCACAAAUGUGGCGUGUUCCUGCUCGUACAGGUGAGGAACAGAGGCUCUGAGAAGGUGGACGCUGGCCCAGGUCACACCUUGCAUCUGUGGCUCUUGCAGACAACCUUCCCCCUGCUGAUGACACUGUUUGAGUUGGCCAGAAACCCCCAGGUGCAGCAGGCCCUGCGCCAGGAGAGCCUGGAAGCUGCCACUAGCAUCACUGACAAUCCCCAGAGGGCAAUGGUGGAGCUUCCCCUGCUGAGGGCAGCCCUCAAGGAGACCCUGAGACUUUACCCCGUGGGCGUCAACCUGGAGCGACUCCUGACCUCAGACGUGGUGCUGCAGAACUACCACAUCCCCGCGGGGACACUGGUCCAGGUGUUCCUCCCUUCCCUGGGUCGCAACCCCGCCUCCUUCCCGAGGCCAGAGCGCUAUGACCCCCAUCGUUGGCUGGACAUCAAGGGUUCCAGCACAAAAUUCCGCCACCUGGCCUUUGGUUUUGGCGUUCGCCAGUGUCUGGGGCGGCGCCUGGCAGAGGUGGAGAUGGUGUUGCUGCUGCACCACGUGCUGAAAAACUUCCUGGUGGAGACUCUAAACCAAGAGGAUGUAAGGAUGGCCUACAGGUUUACAAUGAAAGCCACCAGCUUCCCUGCACUCAGCUUUAGGGCUGUCAACUAACCACGCUCCCACACCCAAGCUUCCAGCCUCACCACCAGCAUCCCUCUGCCAGGGCCCCAGGCCACCCUGUUUUCUCCCUGUGCACUGCGUGCUGGCCCACACUUCUGUCCAGCUGGCCCCUGCUCACAUGGAACAUCUGAGGCCCUCCAAGGCCAAGGAUUGCCGGACUAUACAGUAAUGCCAGGGUGGCGCUGGGGACACUCUUGCCAGCAGGACUCAGCCCUGCCUCCUGUCCCACCUGGCUCCUUCUCAGGCAGGAGGUCUCCCACAUCCUCCCCAGGACACCCUACAGGUCCCUCACGUGGCCAUGCAAGAGUCCUCAGAUUCUGUCCUUUAACUCCUGUCUAAAGUCGUAUACUCCUUGUAAUCAUGUCCCUGCCCCUUGCAGGAGCUGUUCAUGUGGGUCCCCUCUACUGCUUCCUUGUCAUCGCACAUGCUAUGCCUUUGCCUGGAAUGCUCUUGUUUGGCUGGACUUCACCUAUUCUGUACAAGGUGUUCUGUUUUUAUUUUCCACCUAUCCCUUCUGCUUGGCCCCUUUGGGCUUUUAAUAGGAAUACCAGGCCUCUGUGACUGGCUAAAGCCCCCAAGUGGAGCUGCACAGCAUCCUCAGUUGGUGGUUGCUAGAAUAGUCAUGACUUCUGCAGAAGUGUGCAUCUGUGUCAGAAGAUACUGAUCUGGGAAGCAGUAAAGACUGUGAACACAUCUAGUUGAUGGUGGGGUUUACAAAGAGAACCUCAUGGAAUUGUGUGGUAGGUCCAUCACUGGGGCAGCCAUGCAUCACCUCUCAUGAAGUUCUUUAUGCAAGUGCCCAACUGACCCAUAGGCAAGCUAAGCCUGGUUUGUAGCAACCCACAAACAAAAGAAGACAAGAGACCAUCUCACUGGUGGAAGAGACUUUGAACUUUCGGGCACUGACUUGAGGUCACAGGCUAGGCAGGAGUCUCCCACAUGUCCCCUGGGGUGUGUGAAGCAUGGCCAAGAGGCUGGGUAGUGGAAUGUGCUCCACUCUUGCUCUCUACUUCCCCCACCCCCUGUGACAGACACCAGGCAGCUGGUGCACACGAAGGCAGUGAGGUGGGGGGCGGCCCUUCUGGCUGAGCAGCCCUGAUGGGGUGCUGCUCAGUCCCUGGAACUCCCAGAUAAGGAAAAGGAUUUGCAGGCUCCUCACCCCUCCACAAUCCAGGGGAAGUGCUGUCUGCCAGAAGCACGUCAGGGGCCUUUGAAGGUGCUUUGGAGAGCCAGGCAGCAGAGAGAGAAGGUUUCAGGCUCUGUGGCCACAUGGGCACAGGCUGUAGCCCUAGGGUGUCACACGGUCCCAUCUUUAACUUCUGUGUGCUUCAGUUUCUUCACGAGGGAAUUUCAUGUGGUGAUUCCCAUUUUACUUUGCCUCGGUGAGGAAAAACAAGAUUGGUGUUUGUAAAGCGUCCAGCUCAGUGCCUCAACAAGCAAAUAAAUAA